CACUGUCUACUUCUUCAGCUGCGCAUCUAGUAAUUAACUCAAAGUGUGCGCAUCCGUCCGCCAUUUCCUUAUCAUCAGUUCAAAAUGGCGUCUCCUCCGACCCUCUACGAGUACUACACCUCCAACGGCAUUUCUGGGGGCCUCUCGACCCAACAACCCAAUUUCACGCUCAAUAACAAACCCAUCACGAUUUUCAGUGGGGCUUUGCACUAUUUCCGGGUACCCCCCCAGUACUGGAGGGACCGUUUGCGCAAAAUUCGAGCCGCUGGUUUGAACACUGUCGAAACUUACAUCCCUUGGAACUUACACGAACCUCAAGUUGGUACUUACGACUUUGGGGAGGGUGGUACCGACUUUAGUGACUUUCUCCAAGUUGAAAAGUUCCUAAAAUUGGCACAGGAGGAGGAUUUGUUGGCAAUCGUGCGUCCAGGGCCGUACAUUUGCGCCGAAUGGGAUUUCGGGGGUUUACCGAGUUGGCUUCUCCGCGAAAAUGUCAAAGUUAGGACUUCUGACCCGAAAUUUCUCACUCAUGUUCGUCGAUUCUUCAAAACUCUUUUGGCAAUUCUAUCGACUUUGCAAUUCACACAAGGGGGCCCAAUCAUAGCGUUCCAAAUCGAAAACGAGUAUGGCAAUACGAAAAUGGGGGAUUCACAGUAUCUCGAAAGCUUGAAACAAAUUUUCGAGGAGAACGGAAUUCGGGAAUUGUUGUUUACAUCAGACACACCAUCGAAUGGUUUUUCCGGGACACUACCUGGGGUUUUCGCUACUGCCAACUUUCAAGAUAACCCCAAAACUGAAUUGGGGUUAUUGCAGAAGUACCAACCCAACAAACCGUUAAUGGUAAUGGAAUAUUGGACCGGGUGGUUUGACCAUUGGGCUGAAAAACACCAUCAAAGAUCUAGUGACGCUUUUGGUUCAGUUUUGGAAGAAAUUUUGAGGUUAAAUUCCUCGGUUAACAUGUAUAUGUUUCACGGGGGGACAAACUGGGGGUUUCUCAAUGGUGCCAACAUUAAAGACCAAACUAGUGAUAACAGUGCCUACCAACCUGACACUACCAGUUACGACUACGACGCCCCCUUAUCAGAAACAGGGGACUACACAGACAAGUACCACAAAGUCAAACAACUUGUCGAGAAAUACAACACAGUGGUGACAAAAAUCCCCCAAAUGCCCGAAUUAACCAAACGAAGUGUUUUUCCCCCAGUCCAAAUGACAGAAAUGUUGACACUUGACGACUUGAUCCAACAAUCGCCUCAAAAAAUACCCUCACAAGACCUCAAAGCGAUGGAAUUGUUGGGUCAAAGUUACGGUUAUGUGAAUUACCGGGUGAAAAACCUCAAUAUCGCCUCAAACUCGACCUUGAAAAUCGAAGGUCAUGUCUGUGACACGAUCCUUGUCCUCAUCAACGGACAAUUAAAAUCAAAAAUCCCCAAAAACCAAUCAGAUUUGGACAAGUUUGGGUUUUGGAGGCUCAAAGACUCGACUCUCGAUUUGGGCCCCUUGGAAUACCACAACGCCACUCUUGACCUUUUGGUUGAGAAUUGGGGGCGCAGUAAUUACGGAAAACUCAACCAAUUUAACCAGUUUAAAGGUCUUUGGCAAGGGAAUGUUUUAAUAAACGAUGUGGUUUUGCACAAUUGGGAAAUAAUCCCGCUUGAAUUUCAAUCAAAAUGGACGAAUUCGUUACAAUGGAGGAAGUUUGAGGGGGAUUUGGGGGGGCCAAGGCUACUUAAGGGGGUUUUGCAAGUCGAGGAGGUGUUUGACACGUUUUUGGAUAUGAGGGAGUGGAAGAAAGGGUUUGUGAUUGUCAAUGGGUUUGUUUUGGGGAGGUUUUUCAGGCUAGGCCCCCAACAAAGUCUAUAUUUGCCGGGGCCGUUUUUGAGGAAGGGGGCUAAUAGUGUGGUGGUGUUUGAGCAUUUUGAGGGUCAUCCUCAAGUCAAGUUUGUCAAAGACCACAUUUUUGAAACUUUGUCAUAAUUUAAUCGAAAUAAAAUGAUACGUAA